CAACGAUACACAAUGCCACCCAAGGGCUCACGUAAAUCAGCGCCAGCGAUCAAAAAAACGCUCGUCCUCGAUAACGGCGCCUACACACUCAAAGCCGGUCUCGUCCCCACCCACUCCACAACCGCACCAAGCUACGAUGAUUGCAGCGUAAUACCGAAUUGCAUUGCGCGCAGCCACCGCGACAAAUGCACAUACACAGCGUCAGAACUCGAUGACUGCAAAGACUUUGGUGAGCUCGCGUUUCGGCGACCGGUGGAGAAGGGGUUCAUCGUCAAUUGGGAGGCGGAGAAGGCGAUAUGGGAGCAUGAGUUCAUGGGCGCAGGGAAGGCGCUGAGGUGUGAACCGAGAGAGACGAAUCUGAUGUUGAUGGAGAAGCCAAAUUGUCCUAAAGAAUUGCAGAAGAACUGCGAUGAGAUCGUGUUCGAGCAAUUCGAGUUCGCAGCGUACUAUCGCUGCAUAGGGCCCACAAUGGCCGCAUAUAACUCUCCGGACGCUGCAUCGCCGUCUCCGCUACCGCAAGAGUGCCUCCUCGUCAUCGACACCUCAUACACAGACACUACAAUUCUACCGCUAUACGACGGAAAGCUUUUGCAAUCAGCAGUGCGUCGUCUCACAGUCGGCGGCAAGUUACUCACAAAUUACAUGAAGGAGCUGUCCUCGCUACGGCACUACAACAUGAUGGAGGAGACAUACCUCCUCAAUGAGAUCAAAGAGGCAGUUUCAUACGUCACGCCCUCUCCGCAACAGUACGCCAAGGACCUCGACCGGACGUGGAAAGGACGCCUAGGCGACAGAAGAGAGCUGGACAGCAGUGUGGUGGUCGACUACGUGCUGCCAGACUACGAGAACGCGAUACACGGGCACGCACGACCCCACGAUGCCGCAAAGUCACGGAUGAGACGCGGCAUGCAGCCUGUGCAAGGGCCGAGGGAGGAUCUGCUGCCACUGGGCAACGAGAGAUUCGCUGUCCCAGAGCUGCUGUUCAAUCCGUCAGACAUUGGCAUCCAAGAAUGCGGUAUCCCAGGUGCGGUCAUGGAGAGCCUCAGUGGUCUUCCUGAGGCGCUCAGGGUCGGACUGCUGGCGAACAUGGUGGUGGUUGGAGGCAACUCACUCAUCGAGGGCUUUAUGCCACGGCUAGAAGCUGAGCUCAGGAAGCUUGUGCCUAUCGAGUAUCUCGUCAACAUUGCACGAGCCGAGGAUCCUGUCAAACAUGGCUGGCUUGGGGCUGCGCGGUUCGCGAGCCAGCCGGAGUUGCUGACGGAAGUGCUGGUCAGCAAGGCCGAGUAUGACGAGAAAGGGUCGACCUGGCUGGGGCGGAGGUUUGCAGGUGAGAGGUGAGAGGUGAGAGGUGAGAGGUGAGAGGUGAGAAAGUGUUUCUGUUUCACGCAGACUAUGCCUGCUGUACGUUUAUAAUAUGAAUCAGCAACUCAACUCGUGAAGUUUGGAGGAGCGGUGAUGAUGGAGAGAUGCACGUG